AUGUCUGACAAUGUGGAUGGUGGUGGUAAUCCAUCUUUGGACCCAAAUGCUUCAGCAGCACCAUCUGAAGUUCCAAUUGGAUCAGUAGUACCAAAUUCAGACCCAAGUGAUCAAGCAGUACCAGCUGGAGCCCAAAAUGGAUCAGCAGUACCAGCUUUAGACCAGAGUGCACCAGCAGCGUUAUCUGAAGCUCAAAAUGGACCAGUAGCCGCGUCUGUAGAUUCAAAUGCUCCAGCAGCACCACCUUCAGAUACCAGCGCUCAAGAAGCACCAAUUGAGUCACAAAAUGGAUCAGUAGCACCACCUGCAGAUUCAAAUGGACUGGAAGUACCACCUCCAGAUCAAAACGCCCAAACGACACCAAGUGUACCAGUACCACCUUCAAACUUGGCAGUACAAACGGCUCAAGAACGGUCUCAAAGCAACUCCAGAUCCGAGCGAGAAAUAGUACUGUCUCUAAGAGCUCGUUCCAGAUCAAGUUUCAGUGAUCGCGGCGAAAACACCUCGUACUCAAUUGUAGUACGAACUUCGAAACAACCCAACGCUGGUACUAAUGCCAAUGUGUUUGUGCAGGUAAAAAGGGACAUAUGGUUAACAGAUUACAUUAGGGUAGGGUAGGGUAGAGUACGAUAAGAUAGAGAAAGGUAAGGUAGUGUAUAAUACGGUUGGACAGGGUAAGGCAGAGCGCGUAGAGUGACGUACAGAAAAAUAAAAUAUUGUACUGUAGGGCAGAGCAGAGCUUGACAGGACUUGACAAAGCGUGGCCGAGGUACACUAGGACAUGGUGGGAUACAGUAGAGUAAUGUUAAGUAAGGUAAGGUACAGCAGGGUACAAAAUGAUUCGGUAAGGUAGAGUAGUGCAAGAUAGAAUACAUUAGGUUACGGUAGGAUAAGAUAGGGUACAGUAGGCUAGAGUAGAAAAAGGUAAGAUAGAGUACAAAAAGAUACAGUAGGGCAUGGUAGAGUAAAACAGGAAUAGUACGAAAAAAAAUGCAGUAGUGCACAGUAGAGCACGACAAAACAGUGUAAGGUACAAUAAGAUACAGCGGCGCAAGCUUUUUUUAAUUUUUAUAUUUUCAGCUGACUGACGAAGAUGGCCUUCAAACAGACAAGCUUCGCCUCAAAUGUUCGAUUACUCAUCGCAAGAAGUUCAGUCGUGGACAUGUAAGUACAAAAUAAAAGUGGAAGUUGAGUGGAAGAUUUUCAGUGCAAAACACAUUACAAAUCUUCCACUCAACUUCCACUUGUAAAAAGUGUCAAAAAUGUGUCUUUAGGCAAUUUUAAGGCAUUUUAAAAAUAGAAGUUGAGUGGAAAAUUUUCAGUGCAAAAUACAUUACAAAUCUUCCAUUUAACUUCCAUUUAUAAAAAGCGUUAAAAUCGUGGUUUUAAACAUUUGUAAACAAAGUUUUACAAUUUUUCCAUUUCAGAGUGACCUCUUCCUACUGGUCGAUCAAAUUCAAUUGGGUAAUCUGAAGCACGUUGACGUUUGGCAUCACAAACGGGGCGUUGGAGGGACGUGGCUACUACAUUCGAUCAAUGUCAUCGAACAUACCAACCAUAGGCUUUUCCACUUUCCGUGUUUGAAACAGCUGGGCGACAAGAAUGGACUGGUGGGUUACUGUAGCUUUUUUUAAAUUCUGAUAGAUAGGGUAGGGUAGGAUAGGGUAGGAUAGGGUAGGGUAGGGUAGGGUAGGGUAGGGUAGGGUAGGGUAGGGUAGGGUAGGGUAGGGUAGGGUAGGGUAGAAUAGAGUAGGGUAGGGUAGGGUAGGGUAAGGUAGGGUAGGGUAGGGUAGGGUAGGGUAGGGUAGGGUAGGGUAGGGUAGGGUAGGGUAGGGUAGGGUAGGGUAGGGUAGGGUAGGGUAGGGUAGGGUAGGGUAGGGUAGAGUAGGGUAGGGUAGGGUAAUGUACUGUAUUUUCAGAGCCGAAUGGACUAUGUGCGUUUGGAGGUGAAGGGAAAGCCAAUUCAAGUCCUCCAUUCAACCGAUUUCUCUGUCGAUCAGUAG